AUGGGCAUCCUCACACUUGCCGAAGACCGGCCGACGCCCAAGUCCGUCUACAACUGGCGCGUCUAUGCACUCGCCGCCAUUGCAUCAUGCGGUUCCAAUAUGAUCGGUUAUACCAGUGCCUUCAUCGGUACAACUAUCACACUCACAUCCUUCAAGAAUGAGUUUGGUCUCAACGAGUUGUCUUCCGCGGGAAGAGAUUUAAUUAGCGAGAAUAUUGUCUCUCUUUUCAUCGCUGGUGCCUUUUUCGGUGCCCUUUUGACUUAUGGACUGGGCCAUUUCAUCGGCCGAAAAUGGUGUUUGGCUGUUGCUGCUGCCAUUUUCAUCACCGGCGCUGGUUUGCAACUCGGUGCCAACAGCGCCCGAGGACUGGGCAUCCUGUACGCUGGCCGUGUGCUAUCCGGUUUAGGCACCGGUGUGGCUUCAAACAUCAUUCCCAUUUACCUUUCCGAACUGGCACCACCUGCCAUCCGAGGACGGCUCGUCGGUCUGUAUGAGCUUGGCUGGCAGGUCGGCGGUAUGGUUGGCUUCUGGAUUAACUACGGCGUUGAACAACACAUGCCCCAAGACCAUGAGCAAUGGAUCAUCCCCUUUGCCAUCCAGAUCGUCCCGGCCGGUAUGCUUUUCGCUGGUGCACUGUGGAUCAAGGAAUCCCCUCGCUGGCUUUUCCUCAAGGAUCGUCGCCGCGAGGCGAUGGAGAACCUCUGCUGGAUCCGCCAAUUGAAUGCCGACGACAUUUACAUCACGGAGGAGGUAGCAGCCAUCGACCAGGCUCUUGAAUAUCAGAAAACCACCAUCGGUUUUGGAUUCUGGAAGCCCUUCCAGGCCCUCAGCACUCGCAAGAACGUUAUGUGGCGUCUGUUCCUGGGCUGCAUGCUCUUUUUCUGGCAGAACGGCUCCGGUAUCAAUGCCAUCAACUACUAUUCUCCUACUAUUUUCACUUCGAUUGGUGUCGACUCCAACACUGUGAACGUAAUGACCGGUAUUUUCGGUGUGAUCAAGGCUGUCACGACCUUCGUGUGGCUCUUGUUCCUGGUCGAUCAAAUCGGAAGACGGAACUUGUUGCUUGGCGGUGCCAUAACCGGAUCGAUCUGUAUGUGGAUCAUUGGUGCCUACAUUUGUGUCGUUAAGCCCGAAGACAACCCAAGCAGCAGCCUCAACGGUGGAGGUAUCGCAGCGAUCUUCUUCUUCUACCUCUGGACUGCCGUCUACACGCCUACCUGGAACGGUACACCGUGGGUUAUCAACUCUGAAUUCUUCGACCCCAACUUCCGUUCCCUGGCCCAGGCCGCUACCACCGCCAGCAACUGGCUCUUCAACUUCCUCAUCUCGCGAUUCACCGAACAAAUGUUCGAGAAGAUGCACUAUGGUGUGUACUUCUUCUUCGCAGCCUUGUCAGUGCUCGCCUUCUUCUUCGCCUUCUUCCUCAUUCCCGAAACCAGUGGUAUCCCGCUGGAGAAGGUCGAUUAUCUGUUCAAAUGCAAGCCUGUCUGGAGAGCAAACAAGAUGCUCAAGGAGCAGCUCAAGGAGGAAGAGGAGCAGUUCCGCUAUGAUAUCAAGGGGACUUCUUAUCAUGAGGAGGACACCGAUACGCCUCAAAAGGAGUAA